AUGACAAUGAUUUUAGAGUUAAUAAAAGAUGCAUUUGAAUAUGCAAACAUUCCAAGUUCAUUCUAUGAAGCCAAGAAAUCAAUCACAAAACUUGGUUUGAAUUAUGUAAAGAUACCCGCAUGUCCAAACGGUUGGUUGGGUUCACUUUCUGGGUGGAACACAUACACAGGACUUGCUUGCCCAUCGUGUAACUUUCAAACUACACCUCUCCGUCUUAAAGCUAGUCGUAAAUGGUGUUUUAUGGGUCAUCGUCGUUUCCUUGAUCGGAGACACAGGUUUAGAUUGAACAAGAUCCGCUUUAAUGGUGAACAAGAAAUGCGGAGUCCACCGAGAACAUUAUCUGGACAUGAAGUUUUUGAAAAGGUUAAAUAUGUUGAAGUCAUCUUUGGUAAAAAGGCAGUGAAAGAAAAAUUAGUAAAAAGAACACGUGAGGAACAACCUAUAGAAGAUGAUAGUACACAAUGUGAUCCUACAAAAGAAGUUAAACUUGGAUGUCCUGUUCAUUAUCGAUGGAUGUAUCCUGUUGAAAGGUACUUGGGAAAACUUAAAUCGUGUGUACGUAAUAAGGCAAAACCAGAAGGGUCUAUUGCAGAAGGAUACCUUUUUGAAGAGAUUCUUACAUUUUGUUCAAGAUAUCUAGAAAAUAUUGAGACUAGAUGGAAUCAACCUGGACGUGUAGAUGACGACCCUAUUGAUGAUAUCCAAACUGCUUCACGUGUAGCUGAAUUAUUUCCUAGAGUUGGAAAACCUGUGGGUGGAUCUUCUUAUUACACCCUAACACCAACUGAAAAAUUGCAGGCUCAUAGACACGUUUUAACAAACUGUCCAAUAGUUGACGACUAUCUAAAGCAGUUUCGAAGUUUUACUCAAAACCAAAUGAGGCGCAGUCAAAGAAGUGCUACAGAGAUAGACAAGAAGGUUCAUAAGGAGUUUGCACAUUGGUUCAGCAAUCGUAUUCGCAACAAUCUUGACAACAUUCAUGGGCCAGAUAAAGAUGUUCUCAUUAGUCUUGCUCAUGGACCUUUUGAUAAAGUUAAAAGAUUUACCGCGUUCAAUGUCAAUGGAUUCAAGUUUCGAACGUUGGAACGAGACAAUCUUUUAAAAACUCAAAAUAGUGGAGUUUUUGGCAUGUUUGGGACACGAAGUUAUUCAAGCAAUAGUGAUACCCAAAUGAGAUUUGGAGGGGUCCCUUACUAUGGAAGAUUAAUAGAUAUUAUUGUGCUUUCCUAUGAUGGCUUCACAGUGCCCAUGUUUAAAUGUGAAUGGGCUAAUACCAUAAACCCAAGAGGAAUUAAGAUAGAUAAGUUGGGUUUUACCUCUAUAAACUUUGCAAGACUACUACAUACUAGUGAACAUGAAGAUAAUGAGCCAUAUAUUCAAGCAUCUGAAGCUCAUAUGGUUUUUUAUGUAGAUGAUGAGAGUGAACAAGGAUGGAGCAUACCUGUUCAUUUGAAGCCAAGAGACUUGUAUGACAUGGGUGGAAAUGAUGAAAUUAUGACACCCAUUGAGCCAUAUCCAUCACAAAAUUUGGAACAAAUCUUUUCAAAUGAUGAUCUUGGAACUUCAGCGACAAAUGAUGACAAUAGUUAA